AUGGAGGAUCAUGAUUCAGACCAAAAGCGCCGCAGAGCAAUAAAUUCAUCGUACCCUUUCGUUGAUCAGGCUGAAUGGCAACUAGCAGAAUUUCUCAUCCAGCGGUUGACGCAAACUGAUAUUAACAAGUUUCUGAAGCUAGAUUGGGUGAGUGCCCUGCACAAGUUUAAAUCCAGACCCAGCCCAUCCUUCAAGAGCGCAGAUCAGCUAUUUGGCUGGAUCGAUGCAUUACCAAGUGGCCCAGCGUGGCAAUCAACAACACUCGAGUUUACCAACUACACAACCAUAAGGCCAAUCGAGCUAAUCUGGCGUGACGGCCUCGAAGUCGUCAAGGAUAUCUUCGCAAACCCAAUAUUUUCCAACCAUAUGAUGUACGAUCCUCACAUUGUUAUGGUCGGCUCUGAACGCGAAUACGGCGAAUUCUUUACUGCCAACAGGGCUUUCGCUAUUCAGGUAUGGCUCUUUAACAACCUUCCAGAAGGUGCAACCAUCAUACCAAUCAUCCUUGCAUCGGACAAAACACCCGUAACCAGGAUGUCAGGUGGAUUAGAAAUGCACCCAGUGUUCCUUACGAUCGGCAAUAUCCAAUCUGAAGUUCGGAUGAAGGCCACUGCUCACGCAUGGAGUUGUGUUGCAUUCAUCCCGAUUCCAAAGUUUGACGUUCACGGGGAUUUUCAAACGCUCCUCCACGCUCGUUUGUUCCACAAGUGCAUGGAUUUGAUAUUCGCCAAAUGCAAGGUGGCUACGAGGAUCGGCGAAUACAUGCCAGAUCCCAUGGGUUAUCUCCGGCACUGUUUCACUCCACUCCUCAUCUACGACUUAUGCCAACGCGUUGAUCCGUGGAAUGUACCGCUCUUCCAACGUGAAGCCAAAGCAUUGCUGCUCAGCGGUGUUCAUCAGCCAUAUUGGAGAGAUUGGCCGUAUGCAGAUCCAAGCUCUUUUUUGCCCGGCGAACUGCUUCACACGUGUCACAAAUAUUUUGGCGACCAUCCUUUGAAAUGGUGCAAGGAGGUUGUUGGGGAGGAUGAACUCGAUGCUCGCUACAAGGCGCAUCAUAAACGAGUCGGGACGCGUCAUUUUGGGUCCGGUAUCUCCCACAUCAGCCAGAUGACCUGCCGAGAACAUCGCGACAUCGAACGGACCAUCGUUGCCACGAUCGCUGGUGCAGCGAACACAACCCCCAAUUUCGUACAUGCUAUCCGUUUCCUCACCGAGUUCAUCUACCAGGCACAGAGCCCCAUCCAUACCGACUCGUCCAUUGAUGCUAUGGUGCACUCCCUCGGCGAGUUUCAUAGGCUGAAGCAAGCGAUACUCGAUGCUGGUGCUCGGAGAGGCAAGAGUGGAACGAUCAACAACUUCUCCAUCCCGAAGAUCGAAUUGUUUCACAGUUUUGCGGGGUCUGUCAAAGAUCUCGGUAGUUUGCUACAGUUCUCAGCCGAUGUCAGUGAACGGCUCCUGAUCACGCACUGUAAAUUUCCUUUCGAACGGACUAGUCGCCAAGCCAGGAAUUUUACCCUACAGGUCGUCCAGAUACUCAAUCGCGAUGAAACCAUGCGUCGUUUCAAUCUGUAUACCCUCUUGCAUUCGCACGGCACACCGCUCGUGAAUGCAAUUGCAACCGAAGAUAGUAUUGUCGCAGAGACAGAUCCCACACUGGCCUGGAUAGCGCGUGUGCUCCCCGGCGAGCAGAAGCGCUUCCAUGGCCCGCGUCCCAUCCGAAACCAUUUUCUGAAGGGAAUUUUGUCCGUUGAAGCUAAUGCUGCUUUUCACGUCACCGUCUCCCCCGAUCGCAAGUCCCUUUCUAUCACUGAUUUGCAAUCUCUCUACUCCCUCCCCGAUUUCGGCGCGGUGCUCGCAGAAUAUAUCAACGAUUCGUCCCAGAACACCCCGACAACGGCCUGGACAUGUACGCGAGAUUCAGUCAGGACAUGGAACAAAUUUCGUUUACAGCUGCUAUCUACCUUCAAGUCGCGAGUCAUGAUGCCCAGCCAAAUUGUUCAAGCGUUUCCACCAUCGGACACCUUCCCUUUGGGUAAUUGUGACGCGGUGCUCGUGCAAUUGCCUGCUAACGAUGAUACCUACAUCGCACAAGUCCGUUGCAUUUUUCAAGCCGUCGCGAAGAAAGGUCAUACACUGCCCCGCUAUCUUGAAGACUCUCCCCUGCUAUACGUUCAGUACUUUCAGAUCACAGCAACGCCUACUGAGGAUACGAGCGCUGGCAUGUACCGCGUGAAACGCAUCUAUCAUCGGGAUGGCACAGGCCGGGUCUUCCGACCCGGCAGCAUCAUUCCACUCACAGUGGUCACCUGUGCCAUCGAGCUUAUUCCUGUGUACAUCAGGGAUCCGACGCGAAAAAGAUAA